AUGCAGGCGCUGGCCCGGGGCUGCGGGCGCGCCGGCGGCCCGUUGCGCGAGCUGUGCGCGGCCCGGGUGGGGCUGCUGGAGCGGGACGCCUCCCUGCGCGGUGCGCUGGCGGCGCUGCGGCGCGCCCGCGGCGGCGGCAGCGCAGCGUGGUGGGAGCACGUUGGCGCAGACGGGGAGGCAGUUGUAGGCGAGGCGGGGCACGCCCUCAGGGUGAAGAUGAGCGAGUACCUCUGCCUCGUGGCGCACGUGGAGGCGCUGAGCGCGGCCGCGCCGGGCGCCGCGGCGGAGCCUAGGGCGCGCGCGGAGCCGCUGCGGGAGGCGGCCGGGCUGCGCGAGGACCUGCGCGUCGUGCUGGCAGCACUGGAGGGCCACGGCGCCGUGGCGGCGCUCACGGGGGCGGGCGGCUCCGCGGGCGCCACGGGCGCCGGCCCUCCCGAGGAGGUGCCC